GUGACGUCACGCCCCCGCCCGCAGCCAUGCGUACUGAGCUUGUUAUCGGGUCGCUUGUUAUGACUGGAGAAGGCCUCGGACUCAAUUAAAACUUAUCCCCGGGACAGCCGCAUGCUCAUGGAGGGCAUGGACAUAGACCUGGAUCAGGAGCUCAUGCAAAAAUUCAGCUGCAUGGGCACCACGGAUAAAGAUGUCCUCAUCUCGGAGUUCCAGAGGCUGCUGGGAUUUCAGCUCAACCCGGCUGGCUGCGCCUUCUUCCUGGACAUGACCAACUGGAACCUUCAAGCAGCUAUUGGUGCUUAUUAUGACUUUGAGAGUCCAAACAUCAACACGCCAUCAAUGUCUUUUGUGGAAGACGUGACGAUUGGAGAGGGGGAGUCUGUUCCUCCUGACACACCGUUCACAAAGACAUGGAGGAUACAGAACACAGGUACAGAGUCGUGGCCCCCAGGUGUGUGUCUGAAGUAUGUGGGCGGGGAUCAGUUUGGUCAUGUGAACAUGGUGAUGGUGCGGUCUCUGGACCCUCAGGAAAUCUCAGACGUGAGUGUGCAGAUGCGCAGUCCAGCCGUUCCUGGCAUGUACCAGGGCCAGUGGAGAAUGUGCACAGCAACAGGACUUUUCUACGGAGAUGUGAUCUGGGUGAUUUUGAGUGUGGAGGAGGGAGGCCUGCUGGGCGUCACACAGCAGUUAUCCUCCUUCAAGACGGAGUUCAACACGCAGCCACACCGCAGUCUGGAGGGAGACUUCAACCCUUUCGCCUCACCACAGAAGAACAAGCAGGACACCAAUGAGGAUCAUCUAAAAGACCCCGGGGGCCCCUGGGAGGCCCCACUGGACUCCAUUCAGCAAGAUCAAAAUGGACUCAAUCACAGCUCUGUAAAUAUUACACCAAAUGGUCUCCAAAACAACUUAUCAGUAGUGACUUACAGCCAGGGCAUUAAUGGACCCUUCCCGUUUGGACAGUCUUAAGAUACAGAAACCACCUGGUGGCUCAUCAGAGCUGCUGCUUUUGCCCUUUUCUGGGUUUCAGUGAGAGAAGGAACGGAUUUACUCUAAAGACUUGGUGACCCUCCUUCUCCCCUCCGAUGCAUCACAACAUCACAUAAAUGUGUGGACAAAUCUGUUUGGCUCCAAAUCAAUACUGAACCAACACCUGAGUUACGCAUGUGUGAAUGCUAGAUUUAGACGAGUGCUAGAAAUUCUAAAGAGAUAUAAUGGAAAAAAUACACCUUUUUUUGAUCCGUAUUGUCACAUUACAACAGUAAAUUCAGAUGUGUGUGUGUGUGUGUGUAUGUGUGAGUACACGAGAGAAAGAGGCAGAGCGGUGGAUGAAUGAAUCUUUUGAGUGAAUCGCCGGUCACGUUUCACACUCAAAUCAGCAGAAAUGGCAUCAAAAUUAUACUUUGCAUGAAGAAUAUUACACUUUAUUUUGGAGAUUUUAAAAUAGUUUUACCUCAUGACAUUUCUCAUAACAAAUUUCCAUUAUAUAACUGAUCUUUGUGUGUAUGUGUGUGUAAUUCCCAUUGUUUCUCACCUUUAAAUUAAAUGAUUGUAUUGCUUUUUUAAAAACCUAUUGCACUAUUUUUAUCAGACUGAUGGAAAUACAACCAAGUAAACGCAAUGUACUUAUAAUUUAUCAUUUAAAUAAUACAUAACGUCAAACACGGACAAAUUAAGAGGAUAGUUUACCCCCAAAAAAUCAUUUAUUCUCCCUCAUGUGAUUUUAAACCUAUGAGUUUGAUUCUAUUGUUGAACACAAGUAGAUAUUUUGAAGUAUGCUGGCACCCAUUGCAUUUUUUUUCCUACUAUGGAAGUCAGUGAGUCCCAGCAACCAGCAUUUUUCAAAAUAUCUUCUUGUGUUCAACAUAAGAACAAGAGUGAGUAAAUGAUCAUUUUACUGUGAACAACCCCUUUAAAUGAUACACUUGAUUGUCUUUUAAGCAAAGUAUAAUUCCUAAUGUCUCUGGAUUUGCUGUAAAGCGUGACUGGGGUUUGUUCUUGACACUUUUUCCUUUCUUUUUUGCAAGAAUCACCUCAAUAUGUGUGCGACUGAGUGUUUCAGCAAUGCACAAAAGCCAUCAACAAAGAAUUAAUGCCUGUCAAGUAGUUUUCCAUCAAUGUUCCUUGACUUUUUCUUUACAAAGUGAUCACUAAAAAAACAACAAAAGGUCAGUGUGCCUACUUGGAGGUGUGUAAUUGGUAGACAAACGAUUUCAUGUGGUCCUCUGCUAGCUAAUUUUAUCACGCGUUUGUUCUUGCUCUGGAUUCGGUAACAGAAAAACCCAGCAAACCUGUACAGCAUACAUGAGCAGAUUAUGUCUCAUUUCUAUUGAAGUAUACAUCCGUACUGCCACCACAGGUCAAGUCAUAGCUGUUGUCAGAGAUGACCUUACUAUCUAGUUGCUGUUGUCAUAUUUGUUUACAUUGAUGUUGUUCUAGAGUGCUGAUGUUGGUGACACAAUCCAUCUGAGAUGAUAGUAAGCGGAUGUGGCUUUGGUUCCCUUGUUUACUGACCUAAGAGUUGGCAAGCACAUUGGAUCUUUCUUUUCCCAAAUCAUACGUUUCUGUUCUUCACCUAGACCUACGAUGGUAUUAAGCUGUUUUAAAUGAGCUGAGGGUGUUUUAAUGAGAGGAAAGCGCGUGUGAGUGUGUGUGUGUGUGUGUGUGUGUGUGUGAGUUCAUUUUAAAGGAAUAUUCUGGGUUAAGUGCAUGUGGUGUGAUGGAAAAUAAUUGAGAUUUGUACCUCUACAAUAAAACUGAACUGAAAAUGCAUUGACGUUUAUAUAUGUCUACAAUUGGGAGUUUUACAUGGCGAUAACUUCUAUUGUACAAUUCCCUAAACACUCUUUUUGGGGGGUUGGUUAUUUGGUCACUUUACAUCAGGGGUGCCCAAUCCUGGAGAUCUACCUUCCUGCAGAGUUCAGCUGCCAUGUUGAUCAUACACACUAGUUGUUCUUGAUCAGGAUUGGAGCUGAGCUCUGCAGGGAGGUAGAUCUCCAGGAGCAGGAAUGGGCAGCCAUGCUUUACAAUAAGGUUUCAUUAGUUAAUGUUGGCUAAUGCAUUUACUAGCAUGAACUAAUUAUAAACAAUGCAACAUUUAUUAAUCAUAAUUCAACAUUUGCUAAUGCAUUAUUAGCAUCCAAAUGCAUGCCUUUUAACAUUAGUUAAUGCACUGUGAGUUCAAACUUGCAACAAACAACUAUUUUCAUUAGCUAAUGUUAACUAACGUGAGAAAAUACUGUAGUGUGUUGUUCGCUCAUGUUAGUAAAUGCGCUAACAUUAACUAAUGCAACCUUACUGUAAAGUGUUACCAACUUAAGCUACCAAAUGUUUGUUUAAGCUAUUGCAUUUAACCAAAAAUAUUCUUUUAAUAUGUGUUCCUGAGUUAUUGCGAAAUGGUUGAGCUGACAAGCUCCGAAUAAUAUUUUAGCGCAGAAAGAAAGUGUUUGUGGAGUUUAUUUGGUUUAAAUCGUGCCUCUGUGUUUGGUAUGAUGGAAGGCUUCGUGGACGUUUAUAUCUUGCUAAAUAUAUCCACCAUUUUUACUCACCGUUUGUUUAGCUGCGAUUUAAAAAACAUGAAUGACAUUUCUUCAUCGGUCUGUUUACUACAAUAAGGAUGAAAGCGUUUCAAUAAAUGGCCGGCUGUCCUCAAGCAGUAUGCAAAUCGAUGACCGAUCUAAAUUGACCUUUGCUUCAAGGCAAACGAGAUAAGUGUCAGCAGCUCCUGCUGAAUUGAAUUCGUCAGGCAAUUCUUGUCCGUUUGUCUGAUUUCUAUGCACCUGGAAGAUUUUGCCAUUACCGAUACUGACAUUGCGUCCGGAUUUCUAGAAUUGCUGUGGCUUACAUUGCAAACGAUCUAUGCAGUGUUUUAAGGGGGAAAAGUCCCUUUCAUAUUCCACAAAAGUUGCACUCGCAGUCGAAGCAGAAAAGAAGUAAAUGUCCCGAAACUGGUGGCUGUUUAAUGUCGAAGUAAACUGACGUGCUCGGCCCGUGCACAGCUCAUUUGGAUGAUGGUAUCGCUUCAUCAGUCUGAGCUGUUAUUAGUGAAUGUCCUCAUCCCAGGCGCUGCACACUUCACAGCCUUUUCUUUCCCGUUUAUAAUUACGCUCUGGAUUUUUAUUUUUUGGUGUUGCUUAUGCAUGUGAGAUGUGUGAUUGAUAUCAUUGCUGCAUUACGUCUUUUUUGAUUUUUCUUUUUCUUUGUUUGAUCUGUUGGGUUUUCUGCACCGUUGGCAUGGUGUAUGACUGAGCGGAGAGUUUGAGUAGAGUCCUAUGAUAGCACAGUGAAAAAGAGAAAAUAUGAAAAGCCUUUUCCUGUAUGUAUAAUUGAACAUUUGUAUGAUUAAAUUAACACUGAAACAAA